UUAAUAUAGACGGUUUGGAGUCGUUAGUGCGCAGUGAAGGAGCUGAAAUGGAGCCCAGCUUGUACGGACAACUUAUCGGACGCCCUGUAAACAUCAGUCGUAGUGAUGGUCGCUGUCAUCCGGCCACUGUGAAAACUGUGGAUGCUACCAAGUCUACGGUUAUGGUGGAGUGGCAUGAAAGAAACUCCUGCCGUGGGAAGGAGGUUGAAGUGAGUGAAAUAUUUAUACUCAAUCCUGGCCUGUUGGAUGACUUAAGUGCUGAAGCCAAUGAAGCCUCUGAACUACCCCCACCUGCUGCAGAAAAGAAGUAUGAGGGUCGUCUGCGGUCAUCCAGGAUACCUGCCCCCACCUCCUCCUCUGCUCCAACAGUCAAGAAUCCUGAAGAGUCAGUCACCAGUCGGACUCAGGCCCGGCAGACGUGUAUGUUUCAGGCUCCAGGCCCUGUUUCAGUCCCGACCUUGCCAUUGUCUCAGGCAAACCCAGAGAUGAUCCAUCCUGAUCUCUCCCCUACAGCAUUUCCUACAAACUCUGGGGCUCUUAACCAACGGCGUAAAAAGACAGACGCCAAACAAGUAUCAUCACUGCCAUUCGUACGGCAGGCUGUAAAGGAAAACGAUGAGCCAGAGAGAAACUUUCCUCCAUCACUAGCGAAAAGUAGAAGAAAAUCAGUGGCUCACCAAGAGAUAAACAAAGCCAGCAAAAGACUGUCUUGUGUUGUUAAACCACCUGACGUGCAGAUCAAAAGGGGAAAGUUCGGAGAGCCUUCUCGACCAAACCAGAAGUUCUACGAAAUGAUCGAAGAGUUCCGAGAGACCCUGGAAAUAUCCCCAUUAUCAGCUGAUGAUGUGGCUGAACCUCAUCGGAUUUGUGUUUGUAUUCGCAAGCGGCCACUAAACAAACAGGAGCUUAAUAAGAAGGAGAUAGAUGUUGUCUCUGUGCCUGGAAAAGGUGUUCUAAUGGUUCAUGAACCAAAACAAAAGGUGGACCUGACCAAGUACCUGGAGAAUCAAACCUUCCAGUUUGACUACUCCUUCGAUGAGACCUCCACCAAUGACCUGGUCUACAAGUUCACAGCCAAACCUUUAGUACAGUCAAUUUUUGAAGGUUCCAUGGCAACAUGUUUUGCAUAUGGCCAAACAGGAAGUGGAAAAACUCAUACAAUGGGAGGCGACUUCACAGGGAAACAGCAAAACAGUGCCAAAGGAAUCUACGCCUUGGCAGCCCAGGAUGUGUUUGCUUUGCUUAAUCAUAGGAGGUACGCCAACCUGGAUCUGUCUGUCUACGUCAGCUUCUUUGAGAUAUACAAUGGCAAAGUCUAUGACCUGCUGAACAAGAAGGCCAAGCUUCGUGUUUUGGAGGAUGACCGACAACAGGUUCAGGUGGUGGGUCUAGAAGAGGUCUACGUCUCCGCAGCAGAGGAUGUUAUCAAGAUGAUACAGAUGGGCAGUGCAUGCAGAACAUCAGGCCAGACUUCAGCCAAUGCCAACUCUUCACGCUCCCAUGCCAUCCUCCAGAUAGUGCUACGACGCAAUGACCGUGCCACCACCUUGCACGGCAAGUUUUCACUGGUCGAUCUGGCUGGCAACGAGCGCGGCACUGACGUUAGCAGCAACGACCGCAGCACUUUGGUUGAGACCGCCGAGAUCAACCGCAGUCUCCUUGCUCUUAAGGAGUGCAUUCGUUCACUGGGAAAGAACAGCGAUCACAUUCCUUUCCGGAUGAGUACUUUAACCAAGGUCCUCAGGGAUUCCUUCAUUGGAGACAAAUCCAAGACCUGCAUGAUUGCAAUGGUGUCUCCAACCAUGUCCUCAUGUGAAUAUACAAUGAACACACUACGUUACGCAGACAGAGUGAAGGAACUGAAUGGCAAUGCCAAACAGAAUGGAGCAGCUAAACCUCAAGAGCCCAUAAAUAGCUCCUCAGAGGAAUCUUUGGAUAUCAGCGUGUAUGAUGCCAUAUCUCAUGUGGCAGACUUGGAGGAGAAAGUUUGCGUCGAACUGAAGAGGGCAAAUAAUCUCGUCAAGGCAAUGGAGCAGAUAUCGUUCGACAUUGAGACAGGACUCCCCGACCUGGUGGAUUAUUCACGGAAGUUACUGGAGACUGUACUGGCUUUGCAGACUGCCGUGGAUCAGGAGAGAAUGGCACGGCUGAACCUCUAAGAACCAUCUCAGCCGCUUCCAUCAGUUUUAUUUUACUUAACAUUGUAUUGAAAACUGUUUCUGUGCUGUUUGUUCAAGCCAUCAUUCAUUUUAAUUAUUACCCUGUAUUAAUAAAAAGUUUUCAAGUCU